AUGAGUGCCACUCACCAAAGAAAAGAGCUAUCAGCUUGGUUCCGUCGCGUCAGUGCGUUGGCUAAAGUCUCCUGGGAUGAGGAGGUCCGGACUUUCUGCUUCGAUGAAGAUAUGUCCGACAUUGAGAGCCCAAAACCUGCACGUCAUGAUGAAAAGUGCAAGCCCAGUGGCGAGGAUCGCGAUAGCGAAGGCCAACCUGAGGAUGAGGAAGACAUGUCUGACUUUGACGACGACAUGUCGGAAGAAUCAUAUGACGGUCCUGAGGCAGAAUGGUACUACUAUCUAAAAGAACUCCGAGAAGAGCGGAAAGACAACCUACGAGAAAUGGCACGAAAAAAGCAGGCCGCAAGGGAGUAUGAGAGUGGCAAGGAAGAAGAGGUUCGCGCAGCUUACGAAGCUCUUAGGAAGGCAAAACGGGAAGGCAAGAAGCCACAUUUGGAACCCCUUGAUGGAAAGACGUUCCGACUUUACUCGACCGAUCACGUUGAACAUUUUUGGGACACAAUUUACGCACCCAAACACGUCAAUUUCCAUCACGUAGACGAAGAUUUCCUUGACGCUAGCCACCUUAGCGGACCACCUUGGCCAUGGGAACAGGAGGCCGUAUACACGAACGGCAAGCGGACUGUCCAAGGUCAAAUAUACUUGGACUCCGGCACAGGCUGCGAAUUCCCAGAAUUCCGCUCACCUAGUCGCCCGAGUCGGCGGAAACGUGUCAUGGAGAGUCAUGACGGCAAACACAAAAUAGUGUUCAAGUUUAUCAGCAACGAAUAUCUGACAGUCAAACUUAGUCGCGACUUAGUCUUCGAGGACCACCACGAACCUGUGCCUGAGUCCGCUCCAAAAUUCUUCAAGUUUAGUGGCAUUCUUCUCAAUUGGAAGAAGGAGAGGGUGGAGAGGCUCCAUCGGCAACAUUAG